UACAAUUUACCUAAUACCCGCUCGAUUUACAAAAAUAUACGUAAAGGAAAGGCACUUAAGAUUGUACAGACUCUAAGAUUGCGCAGUGGCAUUUUCUUGUAGUUGGCAGCACUGCUGACUGGCGACAUUCUGUCGAGAGAUGAAGCUCGUGGGUUACCCUUUAACUGUGUGAAGAAUUUUCCUGAACGUGGUUUAAUAAAGAUUUAUCAGACGUCUGUUCAAGCGCAAUACGGGUUCAACAUAUUCCAGGAAAUCGGACCGGAAACUGAUAUUUACUCAGGAAAUCCUAGACGAAGCUAGAAACAGAAUUGAAAACGGUGAAAGCCAAAGAAAAGCAGCUGCUUCAUUGGGAACGAAAGAAUCCACUCUGAGAAAUAGAUUGAAAUUUGGAACUGUACCAAUUUCCCUGGGACGUCAUAAGCCUGUGUUUACUCCUGAGGAGGAACGGAAACUGGCAGACUAUUUGAGAGAGCUAGACAAGAGACUGUAUGGCAUUGCCAGGAAAGAGCUCAUCAGUUCAGCGUACGAGUGUGCCGAAAAGAACAGAAUUGAACACAGGUUCAACAGGACUGCGUGAUUAGCGGGUAAGAACUGGGUAUUGACCUUUUGCAAGGGGCAAAAUCUAACGUCACGCACUCCAGAGAAGUGUAGUCUAGGGAGAGCAAUUUCACUCAACAAAAUCCAAUAUGAGCGAUUUCAUAAUAAUUUGGUAAGUGUGUGUGCUAAGAAAAAGCUUCCAGCUCAUCGUAAAUUCAAUGUGGACGAGUCUGGUAUCUCGGCAGUACCCAAUCAUGUCCCAAAGGUAAUAUCCCAAAAGGGAAAGAAAAUCGUGUGCAAAGAGACAUCAGGCGAGAGAGGGCAGAAGUAACUGCAGUGUGCUGCAUAUUUGUUCCUCCAGCUAUGAUCUUCGCAAGAAAGCGGAUGAAACCAGAGCUGUUCACAGAUGCCCCAGAAGGAACAUUGCCAGUGAUUUCUGACACUCGUUUUAUCAAUACUGAACUGUUCGUAGAGUGGCUAAAGCAUUUCAGCAGCUUCGUGAAGCCAAUGAAAGAGGAUCCAGUUCUCCUGAUACUGGACAAUCAUAUAACUCUUCUGUCUUUACCACCGCAUGCAAGCCACAGGCUUCAGCCUUUAGGUGUUUGCUUUCUCGGGCAUCUGGAGGAAGCCUACUCCGAAGAGGCUGACAGGUGGCUAGUGAACCAUCCUGGCACAGCAAUUGCUCAGACCAACGUUGCCGGUAUCUUCAGAUCAGCCUACGAGAGAGUGGAAAACAUGAAAAUAGCAGUACGUGCAUUAGAGACAACGGGAAUUCAUCCGGUUAACAGGAAUGUCUUCUCAGAUGAAGAAUUUGCACCCUCAGAAGUGACAUUCUGCCCCAGUGUGCAGGAGACUCAAGCCACUGCAGAAGACUCUCACGUUUUAGUGAACAAUGAAAAUGGUGAUGAAGUAUCCUUAACAGUUCAACCUGCGAUAGUUGAGGAGCCACAAGUGUCAUCUGCUAUGAUCUCACCAUUACCGAAGGCAGUGCAGACGAAGAAGCUGAAGAGGACUGCUAGAAGUCUGAGGUUUUAUCUUCCUCUCCAUACAAGAACGCUCAUCUAGCAACGAGGAGAGAGCCAAGCACUAACAAACGAGGCAGCAAAACUCUUCGUUACGACGGCCCUUCAGUAGCGUCAACUUGUUCUGCAGCUGCAGAAGAAGAGAAAAUUAACUGUCCUGAUUGUGACGAAGCCUAUGAAGAGCCCAUUACUGAGGACUGGGUGCAAUGCAGUGCGUAUAAACAGUAGUGGCAUGAAGACUGUUCAAGCUACGAAGGCUUCGGACCCUUCAAAUGCGACGUAUGUUAACGCGCAUUCAUAAAGGACAUGUUGCGCAGUUAGAGGACAGUGCCUGUAAGACUGCGCAUUUGCCAUUCGUCAAAAAAUGUUCUUUUAAAGACAAACUAUUUAAUUUUUGUAACUCUUUUGAUGUGUUUUGUAUUCUUGAGAGUCGGGAGUUUUGUUUAAUAAAUGCAGUUUU